AUGUUUCAGCCAACAGCGAACAAGAUGUCGCAGCCGAAUCUCGAGGCCUUCUCCUCAGCAGCUGGAGCGCUCUACGAGGGCCGCCGCUCGAUGUGGCACGAGAUUUGCUUGGAACCAAGCCUCCUAAAUGGGUUUUGCCGACGUGGACGCCGCCGCCUGCUUGAGAUCGAGCAAGCUACGAGUGCCACCGUGAAGCUCGACCGUGCUCGAGGUGUGCUCAAGGUGUUCGGCUCUCCAGACGCCAUCCAAAACGUGGAGCGCCAUCUUGAGACCAUGAAGGGGCCGCGCAAAGAGGUCUCCCGCGCAGCGUGGGCCGAGCUCAUGCGCACCAGGACUGGUCAAGACGAUGGCCAUACUGCCGUCGCCCUUCAGCAGAUCCAGAAUCAGAGUGGGUGUCGGUUGCACAUAGAGCGGUCGAAGUGCGAAGUGCGUCUCUUUGGGCCGAACGCGGCCGUCGCGUUGGCCGACCGGCUCUUGGACGACUUUCAGAAGAUGUGCAUGGAGCGCCUCGUCACAUGCCCCAACAGCACCUCCUUGAACCUGGACAUCCUCAAUGAGAUGGCACAGGUCAUGUGCGUCACAUUUCGGCUGGAAGAGGAUCUAAUUUUCAUCCUGGGGCUAGAAGAGGUGGUGGCCGAUGCCGCGGAGGAGCUGGCAAGAUUCCUUGCCAACCCUGGCGCGUACUUUCUGCCGUCAUCCUCCCGCGCAGCUGCGAAGGUUGCCUCAAAAGUCUCCAUGAUCUGCAACCUUGAUGGCAGCCCUACCACAGCAUCAGGAGAGCUCUACGAGAGUGGCAGCGACUUAGGGGCCGAUUGGAGCCCUUCGCAGGCCGGCCACAUCACCUCGCCUGCCUUCGAGGCGCUGUCCUCUCCCAGCACUCCUUGCAUGGCGCCCUGCUGCGGAAGCCCCUGUGGUGUGCAACGACCCAUGGUGCACGGGAUGGGCCAGACCGACCUAGAUGGCCACCACUGCCAUUGUUGCGGAGCCCCACGCUUUUGCGGGCAUUGCGGAAACCAAAUUUGGGUCACAAGCACAUCAGGUUAUCCGCUGAUGACAUCGCCAGUGGCGCAGUCUCAGGCGUCGCCGCUGAUGGCGCAGAUGAAGCCGCAGUUCGCGCAGCCCCAGCCCAACUAUUUCCAGGUGUGUCUACCCCAGGGCCCUCAAGGUAUGAUGCCGCAGAUGCAAGCAAUACCCGUAGGUCGCUGA